AAUCCAGACCACGCAUGGGAGGCAUCACAACAUCAUGAGGGUACAGCUUUAGCCACAUGUUGUUCUCAUUCGCUCUAGCGAUGUUUCCACAUCCAGCCAGCGUAUUGGUCCUUGGGCUGGGCCUUUGUGUGUCAGGAGUCAAAGACAGAUGCAGCUGCACAAAAUCGGGGUUGGAGUGCUUUUUUGACAGCACCUGCCCUGGUCUUGGAUGUGGAGCUGAAGGGCAGCCUCACUGCAGGUAUUGCGGAGAUCCUAAGGGCGUGUAUGGUGCUUGCCCCAAACUUGGAGUGCAUGCGAAGCAGGCGAAGCCCCAGGCCGAUUCAGAGCUCACAGGCAGCCUUGCAAGUGCAGCAGCUGUGGCGAACACCGCCGAACCCAAAACUGUCCCGAAGGCCAAUGCCGGGCUUAGCAGCUCAAUGCUGAAGAAAGCUUUUGAUAUUGAUGUCUUCCGCUGCAUGGCGGCUGCUGGAGUUGAUGCACAUCCAAUGGAGGACGAUGACAUUGCCAGUCUUGAUGGUGCCAUCAAGUAUGUGCACACAGAAAUCCUAACAGAGCACUUGCAGAACCCCAUCAGGGACACCCGCAAGUACAACAUAGAUGUAGUCACUCGCCAUCGCAUGAAGGUCCUCAAUCCGGAUACCAUUCUCGGCACGCCGCACGCAGUGCAAGGGGAGUUUGGCCAGUUUAUCACGUAUGACUUUGGGAAGGCAACCAACCCAGAUCAGAUGCCUAUAAUCCAGGAACAGGGCGAUUUUGUCGGAAUUCAACCUUGCACAGACUUGCAGUGUGAUCCGCGGUAUAUUGCCUGCAAACCCUAUGCAUGGCUAUCCUUGGGCAACUGGUGCCCAAACUUAUCCUGGGACAAGAAGGGGACCAAGAAGAAACCCAAUCCGCAUUGCUUGAAGACUGUCCACGGAAAUUUCACCAAAGGAGGUCUUUGCGAGCAUGGUUUCAAUGGCAAUGGCUUUCUUCCAGGCUCGAGCCCAACUGGGGACCCAGGAUGUAUCUACACUUAUGGUGCUGCCACCUUUGUAAGACUUGACGAUGUGGUUGGGAUCACAAGCGAGUAUUGCGGCAAGAGCCAUUGCAAAGACUGGUUGGAUUUCCGGUUCAACUGUAGCAACCGGGAACGCUAUGCGCGCAAGUUCCUCCCGGAUGGGCAGAUUGAGAAAGUCAGCUACUGUGUCGAGUUUGAUAUGCACCCAGCAUGCGAAGCGAGCUGUGAGGCUCCCUCGUGCAAGGGUUUGCUGCAGAGUGGUGCCCCCGCGUACUUGGGAUUGCCAUUUUGGUAUGGUCGUUGCGACCCUAGGGCCAAUGAACGCCGAGUCGAGAUAGUCGCGCAUGCCUUGGGAAUUCCUGGCGCUUUGCACUCCCAUGUGCUGGUGGACACUGAUGUUUUGCAACGCGCUUGCCCCCCAUCGAUACAAAGUUGCAACCAAGAGGGGGUGUAUAAUGAGUCUGAAAGUUCACGUUGUUCGCACACUGGAGGAAAGCUUCGAGUUGGUCAUGUGUGCCAUCAGCUGCCCUAGGGUUUUCUGGUCCUUAUUGCACCCGAAGGUACAAUGGAGUUUGUGACCGGUGCUGGAUACCAGGCGUGAAGACAGGUCCAGUUCCGUUGCAAAAGCCCUGGUGCCCUUUGGGAAUUCUGGAAAGUCCUACCUAUAAAGACCAACGAAUUGAGAUCGAAUGCAAAAGCAACUUCGCGUCUCAACAUUGCUGCCUUUACACAAAAAAAUGUGAUGGCAGUUCGGAUCCGAUGUCCGCAGACCUUACUGAUGAUGGUUUGGCACUAGUAGCAUCAAGGAAAAGCACCGCAGACAUGGAACAGUUCUUGAGGCGUGCUGCUGCAGCUCACAACCGCUACAAAGACCUCCCAUUGCAAAAAGAAGACAUGAAGUGGGCUGCGUAUUUUGCCUGGAAUGAUGCACCGCUUGGCAGGACACUUGAAGAGGCGCUGGCAGAGGUCAAGUUGUUUCUGACCUCGGAGCACCCAUUGAUCAGAGUAAUAGCUGUGUCAACCACCACGACCACUACGCGUCCGCAGCUUGCGGGACCAACGACAACUCUUCCAAAAAAGCUUGAAUGUGUGGAACACAGCGUCAGCUUUGCACCAAUAGACAUGCCGGGCACUGUGCCCAGCACUUCGUCUGUCGAAGAGUGCCAAAAGCGAUGUGCCAAGACUCUUGGGUGCUUUCACUUUUCCUUCUUGGACAGUAUAAAGAGCUGCCACCUGCACAGCUUUUCGGCUUUGCCACAGGCGAACAGCUUGGGCUGGCUCUCUGGACCUCCUCAAUGUUGGCAAGCCAAGCAGGACAAGGAUUUGCUGAUUGACAAAGGUCACUCAACAUAUGUUGAGCUGUCAUUCGCUUGCAUGGACUGGGGCAGUUCUUUCUCACCGGCUCUUCCAGAUUCAUACCGCAUUCUCGCGGAGAAGGACUUUCCAACAGAAAUGAAUGCCACAUUGGGGUGCCAGAAACUCUGCCUCGACCGGAAAGAUUGCGUGCACUUUACCGUCGAGUUUCCUAUACGUUCCUGCAUUUUGGUUGGAAAAGAUGCACUUGCCACAGCUGGAAUAGUCGGGGCAAUAUCAGGUCCACCGAAGUGUGGUGACAAAGCGAUGCAGUCUUACUACUGGGAGUUGUCCCCGCAAGGGGGGCAGCAACAAUGGAGAUAUGUCGAUCCAAAGUGGUGAGCUUGGCACUUUUGUCCGUCGCUGGCGCUGUGCUGCUUUUUCUGGCGUUGCUGCGACGGAAUUCUCCAGCAUGCUCUGCUCGGGGUAUGCAUCACGCAGUGCAACACGCUUGCUACACCCAAGCAAUGACCGAGUCGCCAAGCCAUGAGUGGAACCAGGCAUUGAUGAAGCCAGUGCCAGUGGACUGGGACAUUGAGUUUGCAACUGCUCCUGAAGGGUACCCGUAUCCCGAGUGAGUCUUCGUUAUCAGUUAAUACUGGUUGAAUGUUUCAAGCGUGACCAGUGAAACUGGUCCCGCUGCAAUUUCACCGCGCUUAAUUCAGUGAGUUAUAUUGCGCCAUCAAGUGCAAACAGUCACCUUUGGCAAUUUGCUUGCUGACUCAGCGAGUUCUUGUGGCUUUUGCUUUAGCAGUGCCAUUGCGAAACUGCAAUGGGGCUCAGCCAGCAAGCCAUUGCUUUCAUUGCUCGGGUCAAAGUCAACUCCGCAAAACACCAGGAUGUGCAAAGUGCCACUC